AUGGUACCUCUUCUACUCUUACUACCUUCCUUCUUCCUCUUUCUCACCGCAACAACGCUCGCACAACCAGACUACAUACCCACACCCUACUUCUUCCUCCAAUCCGUCUUCCUCGAUAGCAACGCCCUCUUCAUCCACGGCGGCCUCGAAUCCUUCUCUUCCUCUGGCCAAACAUCCCCUCAAACAUUCUUCCUCAACCUCUCAACUUCCUGGAACACUUCCUCCCCCGUCUUCCAAAAACUUCCUGACGGUGUUACGGGACAAUGGGGUUCUGCAUCCACACUCCUGAACGACAAACGGACCUGGAUCCUCUUCGAUAACCAGACAACUAUUUCGCAGUUCGACAUCGGUGUCAGGAAUCAGCGUUGGGUGACGACCGCAAGCGAUGAAACUCGACAGUUGGAGGAAGGGUUUGGGUUUCCGUCGAUAGCGGCGUUGACGGACCCCCGGACGGAUCAGGUCUUUGUGGUCGAUGGGUGGAAUUCGACAGGGUUGUUGAGGUACUUUCCUGCGAACCAGUCGGUGGAUGAGGUGGGUCCACGGGCGCCAGUGACGGAGGGGUAUGCGGCUGUUUGGAGUACUGUCCGAGGGGCGAUGUUGGUCCAUGGUGGGACUGUCAGCACCUCGACGGGAAAGUUCUUCCCUCGGUCUUUGUUCCAGUUCUACCCUACCAACAAUGACUACAACGUGACGGGUCCACCCAUUUAUGCGCCUCUGACUGAUACGGGGGACGUUCCUCCGCCGCGAAUGGGGCAUUGUAUGGUCGAGGCCAAAAAUGGAACCAAGAUUGUGAUCUUUGGAGGUUUUGAUGAGGAUGGUGUGGAGUUGGGAGAUGUUUAUGUGCUGGAUGUAGCGACGCUUGAAUGGACUGCAGGAGGCCGAGGGGGGGGAGAUAUGAAUGUGAGCGCGACUGUUGCGCGUGGCUAUGCAGCCUGUGGAAUGAGCAACAGCCUCUUUGUCGCCUGGGGCGGCGCUCGUCGAGACCCUCGGUCGCCCGGAUCCCUAAUCCCUGUCUCCGAGAAUAUCACCGCGGUUUAUAACCUCACCAGUCAGAUGUGGCAAACCACAUUUGCAUUCAAAGCUGGCGAAGAUGAAGACGGCAACGUUCCUGCGAUAUUCAGAACGACAGACAUCAGCCCUACAGCAACCGCUACAGCCACCCCCGAUCCAAUUCAGCCAGCAUUGUCAUCAUCGUUGAAGCAGAAGUGGAGUGACAUCUCUGGUCACAGUCUCUGGCGAAAUAAUCGUGGUGUUGGCAGUGGCGAAGGGUUGGAGGAUUCGGGACACUCGUUAUUGCGUCUCGAGUCUGCGAAUGGGUCCAGUGCUGAGUCUGUAUCCUACUAUUACUCCCACUCAGUCUUUAUCGAACACCAAGCACUAUAUAUCCAUGGCGGGAUCGUCAACAUCAACUCUAUCCCCUCCUCCCAAGCAUUCUACAUCGACCUCUCCCAAAACUGGACCACCGCCCAACCAGCCUUUGUCCAACUCCCUGAUGGGUACCCCGUUAUGGGCGCCCUCAGCGGUCUGGCAUACAACAACACCAAAUGGUUGGGUGUCUACAACUCGACCAUCUAUACCUUUGAUCUCCAACCCCGAAUCUGGACCAGCUUGGGAUCCUCGGAGUUUGUGACCCCCCGUGUCGAUCUCCCUGCCGUGGUCAAUCCGGACGAUAACCAGUUCUUUAUACUGAAUGGAUGGGUGGAUAACAGGACUGUCAUGGGGACAUUGCAGUUUGAUACUGCCCAACAGCGUAUCUUUAGUCAACCCUUGGUCACGCCUCUGGACGGGUCUUUUACGUCUGUUUGGAGUACGUUGAGGAAGGCGGCAUUUGUGUUUGGAGGGUAUACACUUGACAGCUCUACUUCUUCGGUCGCCCAACGAACCCUGUUCAUCUACCAGCCCAAUGUUUCGGCGGGGAAUAGUACCCCAACCCUCAGGAAUGCUCUGGACUCUGGCACCAUCCCGUCUGCGCGAUAUGGGCAUUGUAUGGUCGAGGCCUAUAACGGGACCAAGAUGAUCCUCUUUGGGGGGUUCGACCAAGUCGGUAGAGCCCUUGGAGAUAUGUACAUCCUUGACGUCGCCACCCUCAAAUGGACCAGGGGCACUGACGGAGGUGCGACUGCAGCACGCGCGUACACAACCUGUGCUGUCACCAACGACCUAUUCGUUGCCUGGGGUGGAGCCGUGCCUAACCAACAGACCAAAUUUGCGUCAGCAGUGAGUCAGAACAUUACAAUCGUCUAUAACCUCAAGACACAGCAAUGGCAGACGAUGUACCAUCCAGAGCCCUAUACAUCUCCUCCUUUGGUCACUGCGACACCCACAGCGUCGCCGACGCCGACGAGCACUGGAACUGGAGGACGACUUAGCCCGACCGCGGUAACGCUUAUUUCCGUUGCGGGAGGGAUCUUGUUGGGUUUGUCGCUGAUUGCUAUUGGAUUCGGGGUCAGUUGGUGCCGACACCGGCGGAAGGCUACAGCUGCCACUACUGCUGCCACGACGACGACAGCGAUGCCGACGAUGGAUCGAUCUUUCAAGGGUGGUGGAGGGGUAGGACACAAAACCAGCAUCCACGGUGACCAAGCUGACGGAUUAGCAGUUGGUGGUAGUAGUCUGUACAGCGACAGCGGGUUCGGCGUGGGCUCUGUGCCUCACACAUUCCAUCGAGCCGAACACUCCAAUACCCCUGCUUCCUUCUCCUCGAACGCAGCACCACCGGCAUCCCUAUAUAUGAUGCGACCAAUUCCGAACCCUCGUCCACAACUCCCUCCACCUCUUCCCCAACCUCUUCCCUCCACCGUCUCAGGAUACACCUUCUACGCUCCUCGUCCAACCCUCCCUGCACGUUUCUCCGUCGCCUCCACCGCGUCUGUGGCAGUGGCGCAUAUGCCACUAGAUGGCCACGACCUAAGCGACGAAUUCGAAGAAGACGAUCAAAGAGAAGCAGACGAUGUGAUCACCCCUGUCGACUCCCUCCCCGGCCGAACAAUCAGUUCUGGCUCUCGAGUCACGUCCUCAAUUGCCAACGCGGUCGCAGGCUCGAACGCGUCCAACACCCACGAGAUUGAUUGGGCGUCGUCGACAUUUUCGAAUGACCUUGGCAGUGGUGGUUUAUCUGUCGGGGCAGGAGGGAGAAAUGGAGGAGGGGAUGGGGGAGAUAAAGUUCAGUCAGGAACGCUACCGCCUUCGUCGACAGAGGUGGAUUUGCAGGAGUACCUCAAUUAUGUCCAGUUUAUUCAGCAGCAACAGCAGAAGGAAAAGGAACAGCAGGAACAGGGACAAGUGCAAGGACAACAACAACUCGAUGCUCACUAA